CGCGGUUCCAUUGGACCAAGAUGGUUAAUUGCGCCCUGAAAUGAACCCCUAGGACAAUUGGCCAAUCGUUUUGACCGCGACGCCAAAUUCACCCUUCAGCCCACCGGGGGACCCGCACAUGUUCGCCUCGUCAGCUUUCACAGCUUCCUAUCCUGGAACUCACCCUCCGCUUGGCAGGGCUUCGAUUGCCCGAGCUGCGACUUGGGGUGCUAGGCAGCCAGCUUGCUGCACCAGCAAAACAAAUUGAGAGCUCUUGGUUCAAUAAAAAGCCAUGUCACCCGCUCGUCGGCAGUAACCUUGGAUCGGAGGUGACGUCCUCCAGCAACCAGACGUCGUCUCUCGUUGUCGUCCUCGGUCGCCAUGUUGACAAACGCUCCGACCGCAGCCCUUGUGGCCCUUGUUGCCGGCCUUGUUGCCCCAUCUCUGGCCCAGUCCAUCGCCGAAAUCAACGGCAACAAGUUUGUUUCGCCGCUCAAUGACCAGGAUGUCAAGAACGUCACUGGAGUUGUCCUUGCAAAGGGCCCCAAUGGCAUCUGGCUCCGUUCGGACAAGCCGGACAAUGACCCUCUGACCUCGGAGGCCGUCUACGUCUAUGACAGCAAGGUCGGCGCAAACCUGGCCGUGGGCGAUCUUGUCGCUCUCGACGGCCGCGUGCUGGAGUACAGGUCGGACAACAAGCACUUGUUCCUGACCGAGGUCACCACCACCAAAAACGUCAGGAAGCUGUCGUCGGGCAACCCCGCUGCGCCCCUGGUCAUUGGCAAGGAUACGUCCGCCCCGCCGACCGAGCAGUACACUAGCCUCGACGAUGGUGACAUUUUUGCUACUCCCAACGCCGCCGCCCGCUUGACCGAGGUGAACCCAGUCUUGGACCCUACCAAGUACGGGCUGGACUUUUGGGAGAGCCUCAACGGCGAGCUUGUCACCGUCCGGGCCCCUGUGGCUCUCAAUCGCCCCAACACCUAUGGCGACAUCUGGGUCGCAGGCGACUGGCCAACCACGGGCCGAAAUGCCCGCGGCGGCCUUACGACCCUCGGUGUCGAUGCCAACCCGGAGGCCAUCCUGAUUGGCACCCCGCUCGACGGGACCAAGAACCCGGCCGACACCAAGCUCGGCGAUCAAAUGACCGAGGUUACGGGCGUCGUCACCUAUGCUUUUGGCUUCUACCGCAUCCUGCCCCUUACUGCCAUCCGCGUGGCUACUCCCAUCCCGUUCAACCCUCGCAACGCCACGCUCGCCAGCACGGGAAGCUGCAGCGGCGUGACAGUGGGCAUCUUCAACGUCGAGAACCUGUGCCCGUCGUCUGCCCACCUGCCGGCCAUCGCCGCCCAGCUGGUCGACGCUCUCAAGACCCCGGAUCUCGUCUUCCUGCAAGAGGUCCAGGACGACAGCUGCGCCACCAACGACGGAGUCGUCGACGCCACCAACACCCUCGAGGCCCUCAGGUUUGCCGUCUCCAACCUCACCGACGGCAAGGUCGACUACAGCUGGGUCGAGGUCGCUCCCGUUGACAACCAGGACGGCGGUCAGCCCGGCGGCAACAUCCGCGUUGCGUACCUCUACAAGCCCUCCGUCCUGACCCUGGCAGAGCCGACAAACAGCGUUGGCACCGGCGCCGAUGCCAACGAGGUGCUGCCCGGCCCCACGCUCAAGUUCAACCCGGGCCGGAUCGAUCCCGCCAACGCAGCCUGGGCUGCCACCCGCAAGCCCCUCGUUGCUGCCUGGAAGGCUCUCAAUGCCACCAAGCCCUUCUUCACUGUCAAUGUUCACUUUAGCUCCAAGGGCGGCAGCUCGUCCUUGCACGGAGACCUGCGCACCCCUGACAACAGCGGCGUGACGAAGCGGACGCAGCAGGCAACCGUCACUGGCGAGUUCAUCGCCAAGAUCCUAGCCGAGGACCCCGAGGCGCAAGUCAUCGCGGCCGGCGACUUCAACGAGUUCAUCCCCGUGUCCCCGCUGCAAACGUUUAUGAAGGUCUCUGGCCUGCUGGACCUGGACGAGGUGGUAGAGAUGGCCCCAGAGGAGCGCUACUCGUACCUCUUCGACAUGAACACGCAGCAGCUCGACCACACCUUUGUCAGCCCCUCGCUCUCCGUCAGGACGCCCUGCAGCCGUCGCUCCCACUUCCAGCACCUCCACGUCAACACCUGGUCCGACACGGCCGGUGAGGUGUCGGACCACGACCCCAGCGUCGGCAGGUUCAACGUUUGCGCUUAGGUGUUUGGGGAUGGGGAGGUUUUGGUUGGUGACGACGGGCAUGUUUGGUUGCAUGACAUGGGGCGGGGGGCAAUCUCACUAGACUACGAAAAAAGUAAUACGAAAGAUGAUUCCUUUGUUUGCACA